AUGAAAGACAAAAUCAAUCAACAGAAAAUCCUAUUCGGCCAGAUUCCAUCAUUUGGUAACAUGCUUUCGCAAGCUAUUUCACAUGAAAAUAUAAAAUUUAAUAAUAUUGAUUUUUCAAAUGAAAAUUUACUUAAUGAGCGUGUUUUCCUAAGCGAGAAAAGAGCAAGACCAGCUCAAGAUGAGGAAGAUGACGACGAUGAAGAUGUUGAUACGUCAAAAAAGACAAAAGAUGAAGAAACAGUUGCUUCAAGAACUCAUGACAAAGAUGUUGUAUCUACCCAGGAAUCUUCAAAUUCAACUUCCACAAAAACAACAAAAUCAAAAUCGAAAAAACAAAAACAAAAAGAUGUUGAAUCAUCGAAAUCUGCACCAGAAACAGAACAAAUUAAAACUGCCAAUGAUACUCAAGAACCAAAAAAGAAAACAAAAAAGAAAUCUAAAAAACGUGCUGAAAAAGAAGAAGUAGAAGUUGAAAAACCAAAGUCAAAAUCAAAAUCUUCAUCAAGUGAUGAUAUUAGCUUUGAAUCAGACGAAACUGAACAUAAAUUUGUUCCAAAUGGAAACAUUCCUAAGAUUGGAUAUCCUGGCUUUGUUCCAGUUCUGAUAGGAUUCUUAUCACUGAUAAUUCUUAUAUAUACAAUCAUAGCCAAACCAAAAUUAGAUUUACCAUUAAUGCAGAAUGCUGAGAGCUUAAUUGAUGGACCAGAUGAUCCAUUAGUAGAAGGUGUUGAAACUAAUGAUACUCAUGAGGAAGAAAAUGUGGAACUUAAUUCAUUGAAACCACUCAAUCCAGAAUAG